UCCAUCUAGACAUCUACAACUCGAUUUCGAAGACCACGAUGAAUCGCGUACUUGUUUUGUCAAUGCUGGUUUUUGUUGCGGCAGCACAGAGCGCAGAACGAUUACCCUGUAACCUGGAAGAGUAUGACAGUAACGAGGAUGGAGAGGUGUCCCAGGAGGAAUUCCUAACGGUAGCACAGAGCCAUGGACGCACAGAGGACGACUUAGUACAAAAGACCUUCGCCAUCGCUGAUACGGACGGGGACGGGUUCGUCACUACAGAUGAAUUCAAAAGAAAUGCUGCUUCCCUGUUCGCUGCUGGUAUCGUUAAAAAAUGCGCAAAAGGCCUACAUAUCCAUUUCCAUAUUUGGUAGACAG